UGAUCGCAGAGCCUACAGAGUUACUAAAAAUAUUGUAAAAUAAUUGACUGACCUUGAAUCAAGAGACAGAGCCAAACAGAACCCUACUACCUCGAAAUGUAGAAAAAUCUUUACGGUCGAUUUCACCCAUCCGUGCCAGGAUAAUAAAAUCACACACACAAUAAAAACAAAAACAAAAUUAAAGCAAAAUAGCUCAAAACGAAGCUCAGCCAUAUCUUCACCCCCAUUUCAAAGCUAAGCAACACCGAGAGAGAAUAGCUUCUCAAAACUCAAGUGCCCCAGUAGCAACCAAACACAGAGAAAAAGAUUGCAAACUUAAAAGAAUGAAGUUAUCCACGAAACCAAUAUCGAGUCCGGGUCGGAGGGAGAAGUUCCCGCCUCCAUUGAUGAGGUUUCUGAGAAGCAAUGUGGAAAGCAGAAGUAGAGGCAGGUCACGGUCAAGCCCACUGUUUAUGAGAAAGAAGAACACCCCCAUUGAAACCCAAGAACCAUCUUCUCCAAAAGUCACUUGCAUGGGCCAAGUCCGAAUCAGACGGUCCUCCAAACAAGCGGCUAAUAGACCAGGUCGGACACGCCGGCCGACCGAAGCAGCAGCUCCUGAACCCUGCUGGUGUAAAUGGAUCCAAAAUGCCCUGUUUUGCCACCAUCUCUCCGGGAAAAUCAAGCCCAAAUCGUGUGGACCCGUUUGGCGUAAGUGGGUAUUGUUCUUUCAAGUGGGUUUUCGAAGAAAAUCCGAAAUUAGACAAGAAUCGUCCAAGAUUGCAUCGAAAUUUGGAAAUACAAGUGAAUAUUCAGAGGAAGAAGACGAAGAAGAAGAUGAAAAUGAAAGAGAAGCUAAGGUUUUUGUCUCAUCUUGUUCUUUGCCUCCCAAGAAUGCUUUGCUACUGACUAGAUGCAAGUCUGCUCCAUACAGAUCUUCAUCUUUAGCAAGUAGAUUAUGGGGUUCACCUCUAAUGUCCGAAGAAACAGGGGAAGAAGAACAGAGAACAGAACCAGAAAAUAGACAAGUUAAUGAGAAGAAAACCACAUCGGAAAUGGACUCCAUUUUGGAUCAAGAAGCUAUAGCAAUAGUAGACCCAAAGAUUGAGGAAAAAUUGGGAUUUUUCAAGCAACUUGAAGAUUCAAUUAGACAAAGAAUUGUUUCCGAAUCUGCAAAUAGUGAAGAAGAAGAAUCAAAAACAGGGGAAGGAGGAGUAGGCUCUGCAAGACUUCCAAUACUAACAAGGUGUAAAUCAGAACCAGCAAGAAUUGCAGGGAAGAAGCUCGAUCCAGAGUCGAGUUUCUGGAAACAAACAAGGUUGGGUGUCGUUGAUCCAUGCUCGACGACUGUUCUGUGAUUAAACAAUUUUUUUCUCUUUUUAGUCAUCCUUUUUACCCAGUUUAAUUGUUUUUUGUACUGCUCUUUUAUAAUUUUACUCAUCCCCAACAUAAGUAUAGUUUCAUAAAAUAUGUUUUUUAUUUCUUUUUUGUUCUUGAUUUUAUUUUUAUUUUUAUUUUUUACAUCUGGGUCUGUACGAGAGAAUCUCCAUAGCCCCCAGAGUAUUAUAAAAUUUUUAUUUGUUUAUUUA